AAGAAAGAAAAAAAAAACGCAGGAAAAACGCAAUUGCUUUCUCUUUCUCUCUCAUUUUUCGAUUGAAAAAAAAAAGCUUAAAGAAUUUACAGAUCGGAACCCUAAUUUUCUCUCUACUAACUCUCUCUUUCGCGCUCUGCUCACAGUUCUUUCGAUCCAGGUAGCUCGUUUUUAAUUUUGUUUUCCCGUGUAAAACACCAAAACCCUAGUUUUUGUUUUUUCUGAAUUUCCUCGGCUUAGCAAGAAAACCGUAGAAAUCCUCUCAUUUCGGUCUCAAUUAAGAGCUUUGGUUGAUUCAAUAUUUGGAAUGAUUUAGCUUCGCGAGAUACUGAUUUUGUGUAAAUACCGUUCUGUCCCAGCUCCAAAAAUACGAUCGUGUUUGGUUUGGGCAAUUCCUGGAGGGAAGUUUUGGGUAAUAUUGUAAUAUUUGUUAGUGUUUAGGGUUUUAUUGUAGAUUCAGCUGGAUCAAAGAAUGGAAUAGCUUAGUAUCAGCUUUAUCUUCAUUUUAUACUAGCUGGGGGAGUUUUGAUUAGCUUUGGAUUAGGGGUCGAUUAAUGAUGGUUAAGCAGUGAUUAGGGAACAUUGGAGAACUUGGAUGGUGAUAAGAUAUAUGGGAAUUGCUUAGCAGAUUCAAAAUUUUUUAGUUCUUGAUUAGUGAAUUUCGCGGUUAAGGGCACGCGGGGAGCAGCUAGAGUUAAAGAGUAUUUGGUACAUAUCUCUAAAUUUGUGCAGAAAUGAGCUUAGAAAAUGAAGAACAACAUUCAUUAGAUCAGCCUACGGAUAUCAAUAAGGAAUCUCAAAAGAACUCAAGAAUUUCUUAUACCAGAGAUUUUUUGCUAUCAUUGAGUGAACUGGAUGUUUGCAAGAAGUUACCUCCUGGGUUCGACCAAUCAAUUUUCGGUGGGUUCGAGGAUACAUCACAAGAUCGGCAAAGAAUUCCUGGCACCUUGUCGGGUUUUAGGCGAAAUGAAUAUGGGUCGUCACCACCUACAAGAGGGGAUUCAGGUAACUUUUCUAGGGGAAUUCAUGGACGCUGGGACAGUCGCUCUAUCGGAAGGAGUGACAGAGACAACGAUUCCCAAUCUGAUUGGGAUUCAGAUUCUGGAAGACGAUAUGGUAAUCAAUCCCGGCGGUCCUGGCAAGGUCCCGAGCAUGAUGGGCUUCUGGGAAGUGGUUCUUUUCCACGACCAUCUGGAUAUGCAGCAGGAGCAUCAGCUCCAAAGUUUCGAGCUAAUGAUCAAUACCAUCUAAACAGGAGUAAUGAGCCCUAUCAUCCACCCCGACCUUAUAAGGCUGUACCUCAUUCAAGGAGGGAAACUAGUGACUCUUAUAAUGAUGAAACAUUUGGUUCGACCGAGUGCACUAGUGAAGAUAGAGCAGAAGAGGAAAGAAAGAGAAGAGCUUCCUUUGAGUCAUGGAGAAAGGAACAACAGAAAGCAUUCCAGGAGAAGAAGAUGAAUCCAGAAAGGCGUAAAGAUGACUUUGAUAUUUCUGAAUUGCUAGUGGACACCAAAGAUGAUAAAGGGCUUCUAAAUAGAAGCAAGGAAUCAGAUGAACCCAUUCCAGCGUCAAAUAUUGAUUCCGACAAAUGUUCUCUUCCAUCACAAGCUCCUGCAUCCAGGCCACUUGUACCGCCAGGUUUUACUAGCACAGUUUUGGAACGGACUGUUGGAAGCAAAACUUCAAUGCACUCCUAUCCUUCACAGAUUGAGAGUUCUGAAACUGUGGGCAGCCUUUCCGAGGCCAAAGGCAGCCUUCUGUUGAAUGGGACUUCUGAUGAUAUUUUCAGCAAACAGUCUAAAGAGUAUGCAGGGAAAACUUUGAGUGAGCAGCAGGUUGAAAGUGCAAGCAUUCACCUUUCAGUUGAUGAUAAGAGUGGAAAGGCCCAGAAUAUCUCAUCACCUUUACAUAAAUCUAAUGAGGCAAUAAGCAUGGAUUCUCAAAUAUACAAGACUUCUAGUCUCUCAGAAGCCUUUGAAGCUCCAGGAAGCAAUAAAGUUACAGAACUUGAUUCCAAGAAGGUGCCAAUGGAUAAAAUUGUGACAGAAACCAACCAGGAUGGUUCAACUUCAAUUCUAGAUAAGCUUUUUGGGAGUGCCUUAACACCAAAUGGAGGUGGCUCCACAAAUUUCACUGAGCCUAGUGACAGCAAAGCAGAUGAGACGUGGGCACCUGACACCUCCCAUUCUUCUAAGUUUGCUCAUUUGUUUCUUGAUGAAGAGAAGAAACCAGUAGAUGAUAUGUCCACUGGCAGGCCAAAAGACUUGCUCUCAUUAAUUCAGGGUGGUGAAAAAGGUGGUUCCCAUGUUUCCGAUAGGCUAGCUACUAAGCAUGUGCCAUUAAAGUUUCAGUUCCAAAUCUCUGAACUUGCGGACAAGCAUGUUAUAUCAAAUUUGACUUCUCCUGGAAUUGAGAACGCUGAGCAAUUGUGCAAUAUUAAUGAUGUUAAACCAGCAGUAGCUCCAGCUAUCCUCACAUGUGAAGAUCUUGAAAAGUCAAUUCUGUCAGAAAGCACUGAAAAUGAUCCAAAUUUGUCUCCUGCUGUUGGAGGCUGGAAAGUUCCUGAUGCAAAGGCUGAGCAGCAAAAGGUUAAUAUUGAUAAUCAUGCCUCCCAGCACCUUCUUUCAUUGUUGCAGAAGGGCACAAGUAUGACAAAUAUAAUAUCAUCUACCAAUCUAGACAUCAGAUCUUCAGAACAAGUACAAAAUAUUGAAACAGCAAGUGUUGACACUGCCCCUCAUGAUUUAAUAGAGGCAAAUGCAGAAAAUGCUUCCAGUUCAGGAAAGACUCUAACUCUUGAAGCACUUUUUGGAAGUGCUUUCAUGAAGGAACUGCAAUCAGUUGGAGCACCAGCUUCUGUUCAAAGAGGCUCAAUAGAGUCUGCAAGAGUUGAUGUAUUAGAAUCUAGCAGGCCUCUCCUUCAUGUCGCAGAUGAUAGUCUUCUUCCUUCCACAGUUCACAUUGGGUCUAAUAUUUUACCAUUUACCCAAAGGGAGCAGAUUAAAUCUGAUGGAAUUGAAGAGCAUUUGUUGGGCUAUAAUGAUGCUCGAUCUGCAAUGGAUUCAUCGCAUCUCCGAGCUGAAUUAGGGUCUAAACUAAGCGGUUUUGAUGGGUCCACUGAAAUUCGGCUUCCUGAAGAGGAUAGUUUGAUUGCUGUCAGUGAUCCUGUUAAACUCCAGAAUUUCAUGCCUGCUAGAAAUUCAGUAAAGGUGGAGCUAUUGCCAUCCCAAGAGACACCAAUUGAUGUUGCUGAGAAACUAGCAGCUUUAAAGGCUGUCUUGAGGGAUGAAAGACCUAUUAUAGGAGGGCAAGAGGGUCCACCUUUUCUUCCUGGUCCUUAUGAUAUAAGGGAGCCAGAUAUUCCAUUUCAUAACCAAAAUGUCCAGCCAUCUUCUCCGCGGCUUCAUCCUCCUCAGGUGAAUCAUGGAGGGCCUUUGAUUCAUCCAUUAGAAUCUCAUCCUUCUAACAUCAAUUCUCAGGUGAAGUUCAUGUCUCCAGAAGGCAUAAUCCAUCAUGAUCCCCAACCAAAUCAUCAAUUUCCCGCAAGUAUGCUUCGCCCUCCUUUCCAUCACCCUAGCAGUGGACUAACUGGAUUUGAACCUUCUAUGCAUCAUCCUAUGUUACAACAAAUGCCUAUGCCUGGAAACUUUCCUCCACCCCAUUUGCAACGAGGAUUUCCUGGGGGCGCACCGCUACCUCCUCAUUCAAAUAAUCAGGCAACAGGUUUCAUACAGGAAGUGAAUCCGAUGCAUGGUUUUCCUUUUGGCCACCGGCAGCCCCAGCCCAACUUUGCUGGUCUUGGAAUGCCUCCAGGUCAUGAUGUUGGCAGUGGGAGCCAUCAUCCGGAGGCAUUGCAAAGGCUUAUUGAGAUGGAACUCAGGUCAAACUCAAAGCAGAUUCACCCGUUUGGUGCGGCUGGCCAUAGUCAAGGAAUGUAUGGUCACGAGCUAGACAUGGGUUUUCGGUAUAGAUAAAGGCUUUUGGUUGUCCUAUCGCAUUGUAUUGAUUGUCUCUUUGCUCAGAUUUGCAACUCCUUGAAUUGAGGAUAGGUUUGAUGUUCUUAAUUCAGGAGGGAUUAACUCUGGGUCAGUGUAAUUAAAAUGAUAAUGCUUGAAAUUGGCAUUUUGUUGCAAUUGUCCCUUUUUCUUUCUUUAAUCCCUUCUUUCUAAAAGUUGAAGGGGAGGAUUGGCCAAAAAGGGAGUUGAAGGGGAGGAAAAGAGGGUAACAAGAAGUUAAUGUCAAGGAGAAGCUCACUAUGUGCAUGUACCUUGCUAUCAAAUUUUAUUUUGAC